AUGUCUGCCGCAGCACAGAAGCCCGCUCAGGAGGUCGCACUGCCCACCGCCACUCUCGACAAGUACAAGGCCGCGGCCGGUGUCGUCGAGAGCGUCGUCAAGCAGCUCAUCGCCAAGGCCACCGAGGGCGCCAACAUCCUCGAGCUGUGCCUCGAGGGUGACAAGCUGAUCGAGGAGGGCGUCAAGCCGCUCUACAACAAGGUCAAGGGUACCCCGAAGGGCGUUGCGUUCCCGACGACUGUCUCGGUCAACAACGUCUUGCAGCACUUUUCGCCCGUCCCGUCGGACAAGGAGGGCGCGGCUCAGACGCUCAAGAAGGACGAUGUGGUCAAGGUUGUCGUCGGAGCGCACAUUGACGGCUACCCCGUCGUUUCCGGCGAGACCUUCAUCGUCGGCGCCUCUUCGCCCAUCACCGGCACGCGCGCCAACCUCCUCCAAGCGGCCUACCAAGCAGGCGAGAUCGCCCUCCGCGCCGUCAAGCCCGGCGUGCGCAACUGGGAAGUCACCGAGGCUGUCAAGGGGCUCUUGAAGGAGUACGAGGCGAGUGGCGUCAAGGGCGUUGAGGGGGUCUUGUCGCACCAGUUCACGCAAAACAACCUCGAGGCGAAGAAGGGCCUCGUCGCGUUCCCCACCGCCGCGCAGCGAAGCGACUCGGACAACGCCUACACCUUUGAGGAGGGUGACGUCUACGGCUUGAACAUCAUCGUCACUGAUGGUGAGAGGACUCCCAAGGCGGCCGACACGUCUCGCACGACCAUCUUCUCCAAGACGCAGUCGACCUACCUGCUCAAGAUGAAGACCUCGCGCGCGACCUUCUCCGAGCUCUCGCAGAAGGCCGGCUCGUUCCCGUUCAACUUGCGCAUCAUGGAGGACGAGACGCGCGCGCGUAUGGGCGUCCGCGAGUGCGUCCAGCACAACUUGGUGCGCGGAUACGAUGUCAGCACGACCGAGAAGGCCGAGAACCUCGCCGCGCAGGUGUUCCUCACUUUCACGGUGACCAAGACGGGCGCGGCACGGCUCUCCGCCGCGCCGUCGUUCUACUCUGCCGACAAGGUCCAGAGCGACGUGCAGGUCAGCGACGCAAUCAAGGAGACGCUCGCGCGGCCUUUGAAGCCCAAGGUGCAGAAGAAGAAGAAGGAGGCGGCCAAGUGA